AUGAAAUCAAUGCUAGUCGAAAAAUGCUAUGAUAAUGGAGACUCCAUUAAGUCUCAAGCCUUGUACUCAUUCUCCAACUAUGCACAGAACAACUUGACGAAGAUUUCACUUAUUGAUUUAUCAAUGAGACAUUCUCGGGUAAAGCUUCCAAAACCAGUUGAUGGGACUACUUUUAUAUGCACCCUUCCAAAUAGAAGAUUAUUUUGCUAUGGAAAUUUGUGGUGAGAAAGGCAAGGCGGAAUAUCCCUCGUGCUCCUUAUUGACAUAGCUAGGUGCUAUUAUUUUUUUAAGUCAAAAAUUAGUAAAUUCCAAGCUAAAUAUGGCAUUUUAACCUUGGAAAAACUGAGUACGCCAUCUCUAGCUAUGCAAAAGGUUGCUAAAUAGACAGAAAUAAUUACAGAUAAGCUAUAUAUAAUACGAAUCCUUCUCCAAAAAUAUCUGGAAUUGCUUUUAUUGUCAAUUCAGACUUAGAAACUGAGAUUUUAAAUGAAGGGAUUCCGUGCUAUAAACCAGGAGGAGUCUAUUGUGAUGGCAAAGUAUUCCUUUUUGGUGGUCAUAUUCAAGCUGAAACUAAUGAGCCCUAUUCCAGUUUUUCAUUAUAUUUGGAAAGAAUAUGUCAAGAGAUUAAAUUGCUAGCAGCCUAAUUUUAAAUGAAAAGUGCUAAUUAGGAGUGAAAUAUAGGUUAAUAUUGUAAAUGACAUUUUACUAGUAUAGCCUCAGAAUAUAAUUUGGAAAGAAAUAGAUGAAGAAAUAUUUCUAAUCUCCCAAUUCCGUCAUAAAUUAAUAGUUCAGAUAUUAUAGCCAUGGCGAACCGGACGAACUCUGAGCAUAGAAUCAAAUACAACUUCAGAAGAUGUGCAUCUAGAUAGGUUUUGGCUGCCUUUCUGCGGAUGGAAUAGGUGCUCGAAAACGUCCUUUGGAUCCAUAGACCCAUGGCUUUUUUCUACCGAGAAAGUGGGGGUUUUAGGCUCAGGCCACAGAGAGCAGUCUUUUUCUGCAGCCUUCGAAGGAAGGCACUUCAGCACGCGACAAACUCCAAGGAGCUAAUCCAUGAAUCAGCUACUCCAAUGACACAUUGGAGGGGCAGAAAUCCAUAAGCCGCCUACUCAAGACUGAAGCUACAAGGAGGAGACAGGAAGUACCAAAAGUGGCAUCCACCUUCGGAAAAAGACCUUAUAGACAGUUUUCCACAAAGCGAUUGAACCUCCCAUACAGGAAAUCUUUUGUGACUGCAUUACCAAUAUGACUAGCCCCUGCCUUUUAAAAAUUCAACUCCCAAUUUCUUCAUCAGGGUGUUCUUGUAUCGAAUACAUGGGAUUAAUCUUAAUAGGGGGUUUUAGUCAUUCUAAAAGUGUAUUUGCUUAUGAUAUAGCUGAGGAUUCUUAUUCAGAGUUUUUAUCAAAUUUGCAGAAAACCAAAUUUUUAUGCAAGAAUGACGGCUAUGCUUAUUUAAUAAAUCCAGGUGGAAAUAUUUAUGAAAGCGAAUAUUGCAAUCCAUUUGUUUGGAAAAUCGUAAAUAAAUACAAAGGAAAAAUUGAUUAUGAGUUCAUAGCUUUUCAGACAGUCUUUGGGAAUUAUUUUUAUUUUGUUGAUAAUCAUUUUCCAUUUUCAGAUUGCUAUAUGUUUGAUUUAGUGAAUAAAGAAAUGAGUGAUUGUGAUUUAAAUAAGUUGAUUGGCAGAUAA